AUGACGAACGAGAGCGAACUCGUGGCGCGGCGAGGGCGGUCGUCGGACGACGGUGAGGCGUCGCCGACGCGACACGCGCGACCGAGGAUGGAAAACGCGUCGAGCGACGUCGUGAAUCGAGACGGCGGGCGAACGAGCGUCGAUCACGGGUCGAGCGCGCGCGGGACGUCGACGAACGAUGCGACGUACGUGAAGAUCGCGCCCAAGGAACGUCAAGGGGUCGCGGUGGGGCCGAAGACCCAGCCCGGGGCGUUCGCCAUCGCGACGCGUCAGGCGGCGGAGGAGGAGAAACGCGUGUACGAGAUGAGAAGGACGUCGUGGGAGGCGCUGUCGAGGGAGGCGAAAGAGAAGUGUGCGCAGGGGACGCUACGGGACGUGUGGUUGCGCGAGCGUCUGCACGGGAUCACGAGAAGGACGCACGAAGACGAGCGCGCGGCUCUCUUGACGGACUACUUCGCCGACCACGAGGAUCGAGUAGCAAUCGAGGGUGUUGACGACGUACGGCGAGGGAUGACUCACAAGGAGUUAAGAGUCUUGAUCGAUAGGGUUUGUGAAAAGGAUAUGCCCGAGUGGGGCGUGCGCUCGCACGGGAGGCGGAUCGCAGUGGUCGUCCCGAACGGUCCAGAGCUCAUGACGGCGCUUCUGUGCGUCUUACAGAGGCACUGUGCGGUGCCCAUCAAUCCCGUGACGACGCAGGAAGAGGUCGAGGCGGAAUUGCGAAGCACGCGGGCGAAAGUGCUGAUGUAUCAACGCGACGGGGGUAAGGGUGACGUGAAGAUGCGUCGAUUGUGCAAAAAGCUCAGCUUGACGCCUCUGAUAAUCACGCCCAGCGCCACCGUGGCAGGAGACUUCACAAUCACCGGGGAUCCGUACGGAUUAGCGACCGAAGACGAUCCGUUCGGAAACGACAAAGAUUUGAUGGAACCGGAGCGACUAGCGCUCAUUUUGCACACUUCUGGAUCCACGGGAAAGAAGAAGGUCGUGCCCAUUGCCAUGAGUCAAGUGAUCAUUGGCGCCGCUGCGCUGGCAGCAUCGUGCGGUUUGGAUGAAGCAGACGUCUGUUGCAACUUCAUGCCACUGUUCCACGUCGGUGGUAUUCUGCGGAACGUGAUCGCACCGAUCAUGUCGGGCGGCACCACAGUGGCCAUGCCUUUCUUUGACGUCGAUAGCUUCUGGGAAGUGCUCAGCUCAAAAAAGUGUACAUGGUACUACGGCGCACCGACGAUGCACAUGCUUAUCACCAAGUCUGCAGAAAAUUUGCCAAAGAAUGAGAAAGGUGCCGUAAAGACAUAUAUUCGAUUCAUUGCUAACGCUGCUGGGCCAUUAAACCCGACGACCGCGGUCGAACUUAGACGAUUAUUUGGCAACGCCGUCAUUCUCCCGUCGUACGGGAUGACGGAGUGCAUGCCCAUCUCUUGUCCACCUAUGGGGUACGCUCUCGAGCGACCCGGCACUUCGGGUCGGUCGAUUGGUCCUGAAAUCGGUAUCAUCGACUCCAAGGGCGACAUUUGUCCGACGGGCACGGUAGGUAACAUUCACGUGCGCGGUCCGCUCGUGCUGACGUGUUACGAGGGUGAGGAACCGGGCUCCAGUGGCUUUGAGCCCGGUGGAUGGUUCAACACCGGUGACAUGGGUAUGAUGGAUGAUGAUGGAUAUCUUUACGUCACUGGGCGCUCCAAGGAAGUUAUAAACAGAGGUGGGGAGAUUAUAUCACCGAACGAGAUUGAAGACGUGUUGAUCACGCACCCGUGCGUCUCCGAGUGCAUUGCCAUUUCGGUUCCCCACGGAACACUACAGGAAGUGGUGGGCGUGCUCGUUGUUCCGACGAAAGGCGUGCAGGUUCCCGGUAUGCGACAAAUCAUACAGCACGUUGCGAAGCGAUUGCCUCCGUCGAAGUGGCCUCAGUGUCUGAUCUUGACAACGGGAAUUCCAAAGUCGAUCACUGGCAAGGUGAGCCGAAGCAUGAUUACGAAGCAACUUAGACUUCCUCAGCUCGAAGACGGUACACGGGAUCUAGAUGCGACUUUCGAAGCAGAUUUUGGGGAUAACGCCUUGUCGGGAGCACAAGUUCUGAAUGUUCACGACGCAGCGCCUCGAGUUGUGCAAGCACUUCUUCGUGUUCCGGGUGUCAAUGACGCCGGUGCGUGGACAGACUACACUGGCUCGGUCAUCGCGUGCGUGACUCCGAAAACGCUUGAUGCAUUAGCCGUUAGCCGUCACGCGACGCAGUACUUGCCGGGCUAUCUCGAGCCGAAAGAGAUCCUCACGCUCACGAGCAUUCCGCGAGAUAGCCGAGGGCAAGUCAACGAGUCAGAAGUGCGCGAAACGAUCCGAAAAGAUCUGAGUGACGUACCAACGAAUCCAGUCGAGGAGCUAAUUCGUCACCUCUGGGGGGAAGUUCUUGGCAUCGAUUCGAGCAUGGUUACCGUGAAGGAUGACUUUUUCCUGAACGGAGGUUCGUCCAUCGCCGCCGGGCAGUUGGCGGGCCUCAUUCGCAAAAAGUUUGACGUUCACAUUACGGGUGCUGAUAUGUUUGAACUUCGGACGAUUCAACGGAUUGGGCAGAUGAUCGAUAAACGCAGCAAAGAACCCGCGGGCGCGAGUGGAAAACCUGGUGCCAUCGUGAAACCCGUCGGUCCAGUCGACUGGGUGAAACCGAAACGCAGCAAUGGUUUGAUUCCGAGCGUGGUUCAACUCAUACCCUUGUACCUUAUUCGACCCCUGUACAACAUGAUGCGAUGGAUUCUCUUCUUGAUGUGUUGGUCGCACGUUUUUCAUUAUUUAGGCCCGAGCUUGCACUGGAUGCGUCGCGAGCACUUCAUGGCAAAGGCGCAAGAGUUUGGCACGCACAAGAUGCACUCGCACUUUUACAGUACAGUGCAACUCUUGUCCUUCUUCUGCGCCAUUCUUCUGGUGGGCAUCAUCGUGUCAGUCCUUUUCCCGCUGAGCGCGAUUGUUUUCAAGUGGCUCUUGCUCGGCAGACUGCAGGCGGGCUCAUACCCCCUGUGGGGACAGUACUACUUGCGUUGGUUCUUGGUGGAACAGAUCACGAAAAUCGCCGGUCUCGGCAUCUUCGAGCUGUCGCCUUGGCUUUUCACUUGGUACAUGCGUUUCAUGGGGGCGUCCAUCGGAUCCAACUCAUACGUGAGUCCAAAGGCGAACAUAGGCGAUUUCGAUCUGAUCACGAUCGAGAAGAACACGACGGUAGACGAGGGGUGCAACAUUCGUGCGUUUGAGGCUCGUCGCGGCGGCAUGCGCUUGUCGCCCAUCUUCAUCGGCGAGAGCUGUACGCUGUGCGUGCACGCCGUUUGCGGUCCGGGAGCAUACGUACCCGCUGGUUCAACUCUCGCGGCUUUUACGUCGUGGAGAGAAAUGGACCCGGCUGAAGUGAGACCCGUGAGUACAAAGACGGCGCAAAUGCACUCCGAAUCGCCAACGCUUGCUUCCAGAUUGUGCGUGGCUUUGCCCAUCGUUUUCAUGUGCUCGUUCGUUCGGUGGUUGCCGUGGAUCGUGGUGCUUCGCGUUGUGCAGCAGCACUCGAUUGGGGACAACUUGCUCACGCACGCCGGGAUGCGCAACUGGCGCGAUGAACUCAAUACGCUGGAUAACGACUACGACGCGCUCGAAGUGUUUGUCACGCUUCUUGGACGACUGAGCUGGCAAGAUUGCAUCGUUUGGUUCAUGGAUCCAUUUCGAUUAGGCUGCAUUACGCUCGCGCGAUUGAUGCACACCACGUGGGGGCCGUUCGUUCAAAUGUUGGCGAUUAUUUUUGUCAAGCGAGUCAUCAUCGGCAAAUUCCGCUCAGGUGGUUUACCUAACCAGCGGGCAGCGCGAGAAUGGGAGCUGACCCGUCGCUACAUAAUGAGGAAACUUUGCCCGAACGGCAAGUUCCACGGUCUCACGGAUUUAUUGGGCAAGCAUUACAAGUACACAAGCUACAUUUAUCGAGCGCUAGGUGCGACAGUAGGCGAGCGCAUUUUCUGGCCAGGAUCCGGCGUCAUCGUCGGCGACGGGAUGUACGAUCUUCUUCACAUCGAAGACGACGUCGUCUGGGGAUCGCGCUCUGCUGUUUAUCCAGCGGAUACGAUCGGAGCUCUUCCGAUUCGUAUUCGUCGGGGUGCGAACAUCGCUGACCGAUGCGUGAUAUUCGGAGGAGUCACCGUCAUGCCGAACGCUUGCCUUGGCUCUGGAAGUGUGGCUGCAAGAAAGAUGACUGUCGCUAGCGGAUCCAUUUGGGUCGGAAGUCGCAACGGUGUAGCGGUACAGCUUGAUCCAGGUGGAGCGUCGAGUAUGAUGGACGAAAGGCACACCGCGAAGCCAUUUGGUCGAGCGACUUAUCUCGGACAGGCAACGUAUCCCGUCGUUCCUUGGUGGUUAAUGCCAGUGAUUUGCAUCAGCGCGCAGUUAUUCAAAACCGCUGCGCACAUGAUUCCGAUCUACGCAUCGUGGUACGUCACGGCGUUCAUAACGAGGACAUAUCUCGGCGUCGAGUGGCAAUCGCUCGAAGCCUCGAGGUAUUUGCCAAUCUUGUUCGUUGUGUUCUUGUUCCUUCGAGGCGUGCACACAACGUUCAACCUGGUCAACUCCAUCUUCCUGAAGUGGUUGAUCAUUGGCAGGCGUCAUCCCGGAAGUUAUCCAUGGGACACCAGUUCAUACUGCUUCCGCUGGAAGCUGUGCGACAUCUUGAGCGACACGAGUGAUCUCAUGCUUCUGGCAGGGAGUGAACAUCUGUGUCGAUACUUCCGCUGGAAGGGAUCGCAAAUCAGCGCGAAUGUCUGCCUCUACCCAACUGGUGCUGACCCGCCGAUGCCGGAGCCUGACUUGGUCAAGAUCGGCGAGGGCGCGUGUAUCAACUUUGCGCACGUCAUUGCGCACACGAAUACGCUCGGAGCUUUCGCGCUCAACAACAUUCUCAUUCGUGAACGAGCGACACUCUGCAUGGAAUCCCGCGUCAUGGGUGGCACUUCUGUCGGGGCCGAUUCCAUUCUUCUCGAACACACACUCGCGAUGGUCGGCGACGACGUCGAGGGUGGUGGUAUUUGGCAAGGUUGGCCGGUGCAAAUGGUGCUCGCGGGACCUAAAAAAGUCCCCGCAGACGGAGACAAAAUGUCUGCCCCUCUUAUUCCAGGAGGGUCUAACACGUACGGUGCGAUGUAA